UUUAGAUUUGAUUCAUUUAAUAUAUGAAGUUUAACGAAAUUUUCAAAUUCUUUUGUUAUACUGCUGCGAUGAGGUCAUUCAUAAAAAUCGAUUAUCAAAGAAUCAUUAUUGAACUUUUCUGUGUGUUUUCCAUGUAAAAGGUGUCAUGGUUUUAUUUGAUUUUUGUGGCACCUAUCUUAUUUUGGCAUUUAUACCAUUCUGCGAUGCCGUUUGUAGCUUUCCCAAUGAAUUACGAGGAGUUUGGAUUAGUCUGUAUAACGGUCCAAUGGUUUUUGGGACGUCCUCUAUCUCUGGAUAUAAUACAUCUAUACCAAAUAUGCAGACGUUACAUCUGAAUUGUGUUGAAAGAAAUUCUACAUUCUAUAUAUUAAAGUCUUCGCACGUUUUUAAAGUAUUUGGACAUGAGUUACAUAUGUACAUGUGUUUGGAAAUGGAACAACAGUCAGGUUUUGUUUUUCAAUACUACAUAAGAACAGAUUAUGACAGUUAUUUGAACGAAUUCAUGAAUGGACAUGUCAAGGUCAAUACGUAUACUUUAGAUGAAGUCUGUGUUCCUGGUUUGGGAAAUGAAAUAUUACUUGUGCGAAAUGUUUCGUUGAUGCAAAAUUCGUUAGGGUCAUUGUGUCCUCAGAUCAUUCAAGGUUACUAUGGCAACAUAACGCAAGUCAGUACAGAGAAUGGAAUGUGCAGUGAUGGUUACUUUGAUUCUUGUGAACAGUCAACUCGUUUUAAGUUGGAUAUUGACAAUAACUGUUCCAAUAUGUUUGGAAAUACAACUUUUACUUGUGUUCAUUAUAUCGAAGAUAGUGGAAGUCAUUUAUAUGCAUGGACAAACAAUGCAGAGCUUUACAAGUUUUCACCUUUUGGAUUUUUCUGUAUGAAUGUGUCAGAAGUUGACGGUGUCGUUAGAAUUUCCAUACAUCCCGAUCUUUGUAGUAUAGGUGAUAAUACAAUUCUCAGUUUUCAACUACAAGAUGUAUUUGAUGAAUGCUUUGAAGACGCUACUAAAGAUGUCAGUACUGUCACAAAAGAUAAGAAGUUAAAAAGUCCCAUAAGCCCAGGUGUGAUUGUAGUGAUUUCAUUGGUUGUUUUUAUUAGUGUUACCUGUGCCAUUAUUUUCGUCAUACACUGGCAGCGUAAAAGACUAUGUCUUCAUUGUACAAGACGUAAAUCCAAUGAGGAUUAUAGAUUUGAUGACGUUGCAACAAAAACGCAAGAUAUUGAAUCUGUUCAAUGAUGUUUAUGAUAAUUAGAAGGAAAUGUGAUUUUAAAAUUGAAAAGAAUUUUAUUU